ACUCACUUCACUUCCAAACUCAACACACAAACCCUCUUCACUUCCCUUUUUUCUCCAAAACACACACAAAAACCAACCAAGUACAAACACUACUCCACCCCUCAUACAAUAUUUCAACACACAACAUGUUGAAGGAAGGCACCAACAACGUUGGUGUUGGUGGCAGCUCCAGCACCUGGUCACGCGUCUGCGACACGUGCCGGUCAGCUCCAUGCAUAGUCUACUGCCAUGCAGACUCAGCAUACCUGUGUUCCUCCUGUGAUGCUCGUGUCCAUGCAGCCAACCGUGUGGCCUCAAGGCACGAGCGUGUGUGGGUGUGUGAAGCGUGUGAACGUGCUCCCGCAGCGUUUCUUUGCAAAGCUGACGCAGCUUCUCUUUGUUCUUCGUGUGAUGCUGACAUUCACUCAGCGAACCCUCUCGCCAGCCGCCACCACCGUGUUCCAAUUCUCCCCAUUUCGGGUUCCCUCUUGGUAGAACCAGAUCACGAACCGGAGCACGGUUUCGUGAACGAGGUGGAAGAGGAAGAGGAAGAAGUUUUCGAUGAGUACGAUGAUGAGAUUGAAGCUGCUUCGUGGUUGUUACCACAUCCUUUGAAGGGUAACGAGGAGGAGGAGAAUGGUUUUUUGUACGGUGAUGAGUUUUUGGACAACCUUGUGGAUUGUAACUCGUGCGGUCACCAUAACCAGUUUAGCAACGUUUUUCAGCAGCAGCAGAACUACAACACUGUUCCUCAGAACUAUGCCGUGGUUCCAGUUCAGGUGCUGCAACAAUCGCAGCACUUUCAACCGGGUUUGGAAUUCGACUCAUCAAAAGCUGGGUUCAGUUACGAUGGUUCUAUUAGCCAAAGUGUAUCAGUUUCAUCAAUGGAAGUUGGUGUAGUCCCAGAAUCAACAAUAAGUGACAUCUCAGUGUCGUAUUCAAAGUCACCAAUAGGGACAAGUGACCUAUUUCCUCCCCUUCCCAUGCCUUCACAUCUUACACCACUGGACAGAGAGGCCAGAGUCCUAAGAUAUAGGGAGAAAAAGAAGACAAGAAAGUUUGAAAAGAAAAUAAGGUAUGCCUCAAGGAAGGCUUAUGCAGAAACAAGACCACGCAUCAAGGGUAGAUUUGCAAAGAGAACUGAUGUGGAAGCUGAAGUGGACCAAAUGCUCUCCACAACACUAUUCAAUGAAGUUGGAGGAACCAUUUUCCCAUCUUUCUAGGAAUGGAAAGAAGAGAAAUUAUCAAUAGUCAAGACAUAGAAGACAAGGUUGAGAACCACAUCAUUGGAAGGCACCACCGCUUUUAAUGUAACUCUUAUGCUGUCUAAUUAGUUUGGACUAUUUUUCUAUACUU